UUGAAAUCAUAAUUUCCUGAGUCAUUGCUCUUACGUUUCAAAUCUACCACAUCGCGCAUAUGCUGUUACUCUAUUGUUCAGAACAUUAUUUGACACCAAUUUAAGUUUAUUUGCGAAUGGAGGGCUCCGUGUCAAACGUAGACGUGUGUAAUUUAGCUUAUAUGGGGCACUUUGAAAAAUUAAAAGAGUGCAUUUUGUCAGAUAAAACUCUUGCUUGCAAAACAGACCAGGAUCACAGAACUGCCCUGCAUUGGGCAUGUUCGGCUGGCCAUACCGACAUUGUUUCCUUUCUGCUUGAUGUGGGAGUUGAAGUCAACCUCCAAGAUGAUGCUGCAUGGACCCCUCUUCACAUUGCAGCGUCUGCAGGCAGAGAGGACAUUGUCCGAGCACUCAUAUCCAAAGGGGCUCAGCUGAACUCUGUCAAUCAAAAUGGAUGCACUCCCCUACAUUACGCUGCCUCCAAGGACAGAUACGAGAUAGCCUUGCUGUUGCUUGAAAACGGGGCCGACCCUAAUGCCACAGACAAACUGGAUUCCACUCCCCUUCACAGAGCGUCGGCAAAGGGCAACUAUCGCCUCAUUCAGCUGCUCCUCAAGCAGUGUGCCUCAACCAACAUCCAGGACUCGCAGGGCAACACGGCACUUCACCUGGCGUGCGAUGAGGAGCGCGUCGAAGCGGCCAAGCUCUUGGUGGAACACGGGGCCAGCAUCUACAUCGAGAACAAGGAGGAGAAAACCCCUCUCCAGAUAGCCAAGGGUUGCCUGGGCAACAUGCUUCGUCGAAUUGUGGAAGGAUGAAUCCUUACCCGAACCACAGGUGCGGUUCACAUUGGAACACACGCCAUUCGUCACCCGCUUUCCUGCUCCAGUGUGUUUGGUCACAAGACCGGUGACGAGUGGGAGAUGUGACAUUGUGCAGGAGAAGUGGAAGUGUCCUGCUUCCUCACCAGUUGCACCACUGUUGAUGUGUCUGACCAAAAAUAUGGACAUGUUUGGACAACAAAAUUCCAGCCCGUUUUCUGAGAAGUUUGAUGCGUUGCACAAAGUCCAAUAAAAUCAGUGCUCGGUGUGUUAA